UACAAAACAAUAUUACAAACUCCGGUACAGUAGGUGGCGAUAUGCACUGUUCAUGUUUGUUUUGCAGCCAGUCAUUCCACGUUAGGAGGAAGAAGAAGAAGAAGAAGAAGGAGGAAGCUCUGCGUCCACUUCGAGACAAGCGCGACACGAAACCGAAGACAGUUUCUCCUGAGGCUCAAUUUAACUGAUCUGAAUCAAUCCGCUAUUCUCGAUUUGUGAAUCUGUGCUUGUCAAUUGUGUGCUGUUGUUUGUACAUCAGCAUGGCGGUCGUCAUCCGUUUACAGGGACUAAGAGUCACAGCAGGUUCUGAGGACAUUCGCAAGUUCUUCACUGGCCUCAAAAUCCCAGAUGGAGGGGUGCAUAUAAUUGGUGGGGAUCGAGAGGAAGCUUUCAUUAUCUUUGCUUCCGAUGAAGAUGCAAGAAGGGCUAUGACACGGUCUGGAGGUUACAUCAAGGGCUCACCUGUUACAUUACUACUAAGUAGUAAGUCAGAGAUGCAGAACAUGCUUGAAAGAAGCACAAGAAACGCAGAGCUAGAUCAAAACAGACGACUUGAGGAGACUGCAAAACAUGCUCGAAGAUCUUUGGACCCUGAGGUGGGCAGGAGAUCAGGUAGCAGGUCUGAUUAUACCCCUCCCCCCCAGCACCAAAGGGGUUCAAACACUAAUGGUGACUCUGUGUACGUGUUUCUAGGCGGAAUGCCUUUCUCUGUCACUGAAGCAGACAUUCAUGAAUUUUUCAGUGGUUUACGUAUUAAUGAUAUGAUCUUAUUGAAAAAUUCACAUGGUCAAAACAAUGGAAAAGGUCUCGUCAAAUUCGCAACAAGAGAGGAUGCAAACGAAGCUCUGGAAAGGGACAGGCAAUACAUUGGGUCAAGGUAUGUUGAGGUUUCCAAAACGACAGCAGAUUAUUGGCGUCGGACUACUGGUAAAGGUUCAGCAGAUCUCAACAUGGAUGUCAACUUUGAAAGGGACAGGUCACCUGUUCGCCAUCAGAGGAAUCCACAUCAUGCAAGGUCACAAUCACCUUUGACACCGCAGCCCUCUGCUCCUUCCGAUGAGGAAUACUGCGUUUUUUUGGACAAUCUGUCCUACGCAUUUGAAAAGGAUCACAUAAAAAGGCUUUUUCGUAAUGCGAAGCUUGAGGAUGAUCAGAUCCUGCACUUACUUGGUACUGAUGGGAGAAGAACCAGAUCAGCAUUUGUGCUGUUCAAGAAUCUGCGUGACUAUUGUGAUGCCUUAACUCCUGAAAAAAGGCAAUUUUUGAACCGCUGGAUUUCCACUAAGCCAAUCUCAAGGGAGAAAAUGGUCACCCUUCUCAGAGCUCAGAGCACGGAUGUCAGAUCUCCUGGAAACUCUGAAAUGUUUCCAGAGAGGUCUCCAUCCUACCCCCCCAGUGAUCCUUAUGACUCGGAGGAGAAAACAUGUCUGUUUGUGAGAAACCUACCAUUUGAUGUACGGAAAGUUGAGAUCAUUGACUUCUUCUUUGGGCUUAAUGUCACAGAGGACAUGGUGUUAGUGCUGCGUGACAAUCAAGGUGCUGGAGUUGGAAAGGCUUUGGUUCUCUUCCGCUCUGAGGCAGAGGCCAUGAGUGCCCUUUCUCUUAAUGGACAGAGGUUUCUUGGGUCAGAAGUCAUACUGAAAUGCAUUUCACGUUCUCAGAUGCGGCAGUUGGGUGUUGAACCACCUAUGGUGCAAGAGCCCAUUGUGCAGGAGCCACUGCCAAGAGAGGAGAGGUACUCGGGCAGGAGAAGCGGGGCAUCCUAUCCUGGUGACACAGACUACCCUGACUUUAGGAUUCCUCGUGAUGGUAAUAUACCAAUGACUAACGUACAGGCUCCUAUCCAUGGAGGCUAUGAUUAUGAGCCCCGUACAGUAGGCCCUUACGCUCCACAAGAAAGAGGAAAUGGCUUUUGUGAGGGCUUUGGUCAGCCAGGGCGGCACCUGGAUGGCCCCACCUGUGUGCAGCUACUUAACUUGCCAUUCCAAAUCCGAAAUGAGGAAAUCUAUGACUUUUGCUAUGGAUAUCGCGUUAUCCCUGGAUCUGUCUCACUGCAGUAUGAGCCGAGUGGAAAACCUAAAGGAUCUGCAACUGCAAUGUUUGAGUCCCGUCAGGAGGCAUUGACCGCAGUUCAGGAACUGAGUGGAAGACCAAUAGGUCCAAGAAAAAUACAGCUUUUGCUUGUGUGAAAAUGACAUUGCUUAUCAUGCCAUCUAACAGUGUUGUGUGGACAUAAUCAAAAUGUUGAUUCAAGUAAGCAAUGGCCUUUGCUUACUUUCCUUUUGAUUUCUUUUUUGAUAUGGUCUGAUUUUGACUUUGGACUUAUUUUUAUUUUGAUGGCGUUGUUGUUGUUUUUUUUAAAUGAAAACGGUGAGUAUAGGGCUAUAGUUCUUUACUAAGUGGAUUUGUUUUAAUUGUUUAAACAAUGUAGUUGGUGACUAAAUAUGCUUUUUGUAUACAAUGCUAAUUCUAAAUACCGACUUCCUGAAAUACUAAGUUGUUGGUUUUCUCACUGAAGUGUUUUUGUUUUGUUUAACAUGCAACAUGCUGUGGGAAAAUGUAUGUAAAUAUUAUUUUACUAAGUGUGGUUGUUGCAGAAAGGUCUUGUAAAAAUGCAUACCUGAAUUGUCAGCUUUUCUUCAAAGAUCUGUCACAAUGUAAACUAAUUUGACUUGCAACAUACAUCCUUUAUAUACAAAGAACCAGUUAAUUGUCAAUAAAAUGAAUCCCUUCUAAAAAAAAAAAAAAAAAGGUUCAGUUUGUUACCUCCUGAGUGUUUUUUGUUUGUUUUUUAAAUCCAUCAGUUCAAGAGCAAGACUUGUAAAAUGAGAGAAGCUAAUGUGUAUUUCUAAUAUUGAGGUUGCCCUUUCCCUUAAGUAUUUUAAACAAAAAAUGAUUUGCAUAGUCUUGGGCUGCUUGUUAGAUGGACUGUUGCUAAAACACAUUGUUAUGCUUAAUUUUUUUAUCAUCAACCUAACAGAAGAUAUCCAGUCUGUCAGAGCACUAUUUGAACAUUUUAGCAGUCUCUGAAAGAUCUUCUUGCUUGGACCCUCGAAGAACAGGUGCAAAAUUUAUUUAAGAGAUCUCAGCAUCCUAGGUAAAAGCUACAUAUAUUAACAUAUAUUGCAGUCAUUCUGGUUUUCCUUUUCUUACAAAGGGAAAUGAAACGUUAAAGUAUAUCUGAAAAAUCCAUUUCCUCUAUGGCAUGGGUCUCAAACUCGCGGGCCAAUUGCGGCCCUUGUGAUGAGAUUUUGUGGCCCCCGCCUUGA